ACGUCAGUUACGCUUACUUCCUGUUAGACGUCAUGGCUGACAAAAAGAAGGAAUCAACUCCUCCGCCACUACUUCUGAUGCCUGCCGGCGGAGGACUUACAUUAACUCCACCUGACCAGCCCAACUUUCUAAUGCCUGUCGUUCAGUCUGAACCGGCUUUAAUCGAUGAGGAUGCCGAGGCAGACAGCUUCGUAGGUCAGGCACCCCUUCCUGGGACUUUAUCCCAUGCAGGACUACCUCCCCACAAGACAAAGGUUGACAGUGCUGUGGGUAACGUCAUGUUCUUCCAGCCUCAAGGUGGGUCCUCUCUUGCCUGUGAUCCUUUUGCUCAAGUAUUCCAGCCACAAUCUGGACACCCUCCACCACCAACUGCUCAUGUUCCAAUAAAUUCAGAAACUGCACAGGGAUCAGAGGUUUCACUUGUACCAUCCCUUCAGGAAACUGGACAGACAGGGUUGUCUACACCUUCCUCUGUGGGGGCACAUGCUCCCCCUAUGUGGAGUUCGGCCCCUUGUGACAAGGCAAACAUUAACAUCUACAGGCAAAAGGGACCACUUCGAUAUGCCCAACCUCCUGUUGGCACAUAUGCCUCUACUUCAGGAUUCGUGGGUGAGGUGUCUGCCCCAUCAACUAAUUUCACAACCCCUCCAUCAGGGUUUGCUCCCUCUCCAUUUAUGCAUCCACCUUCUACUGGAACUGGGUCAUUACCCAUUCCUGGUUCCUAUGUACAGUCUGCGUCAUCCUCUCCCUUCACCCAGCAGAGUCCAUCACAGGGCCCUCCUGUCACACCUGUGUUUUCACCUCCUGUGGGAGGCUUUUAUCGGCCAGUGCAGCAUCACUGGUGCUAUGUGAAGGCAGUUGAAGGACGAGAAGUAUGGUACACUUUCUCAAGGAAAGACAGUCACAAGCUUGAAGAGCAGUUCCUAAAAGGUCAGAGCACUGGCAACUGGGAUAUUGUCAGCACAGAUGGAGGUCGUUAUGAUGUGGACAUAGGGACACGUCUUCGUCGUGCCAUUUACUGGGAGGAAGAACCUACACCCAUUAGACGAUGUUCUUGGUUUUACAAGAGAGAAAUAGACAAUCGCUACGUUCCGUACGAUGAAGCCCAGGCCCAGAAACUUGAGGUGGAGUAUAAAAAUGCCCUGGAAAAAAAUGACUGGCACAGGCGAUUGGAGUUUCCAGGAAAGGAGACUAUUGUGAUGCACAACCCUCAGGUCAUUGUGCAUUUUCAGGCAUCAUCUCAGCCUGAUGAGUGGGGAAAUGUACAGCAAACACAUGAGGGAGACCAGAUGCGACCACGAGUAGUAAAGAGAGGUGUGGAAGAUUUUGAUUCUAUAGAAGAAGGGGAGUCAGAUGAAGUUGAUCAUCUUGUCUUCUUUGUUCAUGGUAUCGGAAAUACAUGCGAUGCUCGAUUCAGGAACAUUGUUGCAUGUGUGGACGACUUCCGUAGUAACGCUCACAGUUUGCUGGAGUCUCACUUUGGCACGUACUGCGCCAGUGGCCUGGUGCACCGUGUUGAAUUCUUGCCAGUCCACUGGCACAUGGCUGUCCAUUCAGAAGCCACAGGCGUUGACAGCCGGCUGACAUCGAUAACAUUGCCAAGCACGAGGAAGCUCCGCAACUUCAUCAAUGACACUCUUCUAGAUAUCCUGUUUUACACAAGUCCUGCCUACUGCCAGGUUAUAUGUGACACAGUUGGCCACGAGAUGAACCGUUUAUUCCAGAUCUUUUUAGCUCGAAACCCCACCUUCAGUGGAGAGGUGUCUCUAGCUGGUCACAGCUUAGGAGCUUCUAUACUCUUUGACCUGCUGAUGCAUCAAAAAGCACCAGGUGAGUGCCUGGACAUCAAUGGCCAUACACCUGACAGUAUUCAUGGCAACGACAGUGACAUAUCUUUGGACCAGCUGGGCAUAGAAAAUGAGGAGGAGAAUCAAGAAGCAGAAGAAUGCAAGAACGAGGAGGUGACACUGGAGGUAGUCUUGCAGAAAGUGGGACUCACAGACAAGAUCGACAUCUUCCACAAAGAGCAGAUUGAUCUGGAGUCCUUGUCCAUGUGUGGAGAGCAAGACCUAAAGGACCUAGGCCUUCCUAUGGGCCCUCGUAAAAAACUGUUGCUGUUGCUGCAGGAACACAAGGAUGGCAAGGAGAAGAAGAAAAUGCAGGAUCUAGAGAAAAAGAUAAGGAAAGAACUGGAGAAGAAAUUAAAAGCUAACUCUUAUCAGAAACAGAUACAGCAAGAAGUUGUUCCAAGGAAAGCAGCAUCCAGCAUCUCAGUUGACUAUAUCUGUGGACUAGCAGGGACAGGUCAGCCAUUUGUGCGAUACCCUCAGCUUGAGUUUUUGCCAUCUUGCUUGUUUGCCUUGGGUUCUCCUAUUGGUGUCUUCCUCUCAGCACGAGGAGUGCAGCAGAUGGGAGAAAAUUUUAAGUUGCCUACAUGCUCACGAUUUUUCAACAUUUUUCACCCAUUUGAUGCAGUGGCAUACAGAAUAGAGCCACUGAUAAAUCCAUCUGCUUCCACUUUGAAGCCUGUGCUCAUUCCACACUACAAAGGGCGCAAGCGUUUGCAUCUUGAGCUGAAAGAGAGCAUCUCUCGUAUGGGCACUGACCUAAAACAGAAGAUCAUUGAGUCACUGCGCAGUACGUGGAACUCACUGAAUGAGUUUGCUCGGGCACACCGUUCAGAUGCAGGAGUGCUGGAGAACCCAGACAGCCAAGGGCUUGAACACGAAGUGAACCAGCAAGUGGAUAGUGUUAUGGCCCAGAUGGCGCAGUCAGACACUGACAAGUCUGAGACUGGAUCAGUAUGUUCAUCUCAUGACGAGGAUAUAUCCAUAGGCCAGAUUAAUGAGGGGAGACGAGUUGAUUAUGUCCUGCAAGAAAAGCCUAUUGAAAGCUUCAAUGACUACCUGUUUGCAUUGGCCAGCCAUGGGUGUUACUGGACAUCUGAAGACACAGCACUGCUGGUUCUGAAAGAAAUAUAUGCACCUCUUGGCAUCACACCCAUUAUGCCAGGACCUGAAACCAGUGGAAACAAAGCAGCAUUACCUCUUCUACCACCCAAACCAGGAGGUCCAUUCCAGCCAGGUCAUGCUCAUGCCUUCACCCCAUCUCCUACAGGAUCCUUUCCACAACAAUUUAGACCUGCAACACCAUCUGCCCAUCAUCCUCCAUCAAUGCACCAAUCCUACAUGCAUCGAACACCCACUCCUGCAGCCUCCCCUUUUGGGCUGCCGGUUACAUGCAUGCCGUCACAAGGAAACUCAAGGGCUAGCACUCCCAUUCAGGGCCCUCCAGUAGUGCAGUCUAGUCAAGAGGGAGCAGCUGGGCCUCCACCAGUAUCUGGUUUUGUACCCACAUCUGCCCUGAAAUGAGCAUGGGUUACUCACUUGACCACUAGUUUCCAAAAAACAAAAAAUCAAGAGCGGUAGCUUAUGAGAGGAUGAAGGAAGUGUGAUUGAGAGAAUGUCAAUGAGAGAAUGCAUGUGUGAGACAGUUCUUUGACCCUCUUUUCAUUAAGGGGGUUGUAUGGUUCAGAAAAUUAGUUUGCUUGCUGCUGUUACUGUUUUAUAACAAUUUUAAUGUAAAGCCAAUAACUACCAGCUAGUCUGCCUGGUUUCCCUCAGGCUUUGAUCACAUGACCAUGGAUCUACAAGUUAUUCAUGUUUACAGUAGGGUGCUCUUGAGAAAAGUGUCUUGUUAGUCCACCAUACCUGUCGACUGAUUGUGUCAUCUUUAUUACUCUAGUCAUAGUAGACCUUUUUAACCUGAUAGAGAUAGAUAAUUUUUUACUCAGUGUAUUGGUACCAUUACUUAUUCAGUCCUCUUCAUACCAUAGGUGGCACCAUUAGGCACCCACUAGAGACCCACAUUUUUGUCUGUCAGCAGCAAGUUUAGCUAUGUUGUUCCAGGUUAGUUUCUGGUCGCUUAGGUCUUUCUCUACUGAUCUCAGUUGUGUUACUUUUGACCGACCACAUUUCCUCUUGCCAUUAGCAGCAUAAUGAAGGGAUUUUUUUGGGUGGUGCCUCUGGUUAUAUUCUGCACACACACCUUGGAUAUCUUUAUCUUUUCUUUGGAUCGUAGUUGGUAACAUUACUACUGUAUAUUCUCACUGUGCACCCAUACAUUCACUCUUCCCUCUAGCUUGCUUCAAUACAUUAAUACUGGGAAUGCUUUCAUGAAAUAAUGGACUACAUGUUAACCAAAAUUCAGAUUUACAUUUAAAUUUCUGCUUUAUGUGGUCAACUAGCUGAUAAAAGCAAGUUUUGUUAUGCCAAAAAAAAAAAAAAAUUAAGUACAUAAAGUAGUAAAACAUCUAUUGUGUCCUCUUCCAAAACAUUUCAAAAAAUAAUUUUUAACCCUUAGUGUCUACCCCUAUCUGAAACCGAGUAUUAAAUUUGUUUCAUAGACAUGGGAUCUGUUGUCUUAUUUUGCAAAUGUUACAAUUGGCAUUAGUGAGUGAAUGAAAAUAAGCUUGCUGUGAGUGACUAGUCACCAAUAGGUUGGUGGGUAGAGAGGAGGAGGGGUAAGUGGCUUUGAAGUAGACACUAAGCAUUAUGAAGGUGCAGGUCAAGAAGUUGUUAAUUGUUGACCUUCUAAAGAGUAGCUGUUUACACUUUUGCCUUUGUGUUUGUUGCUUCAGCUACAGUGAUGUUGCCCAUGUUUAUCUAGACUGUAUAGUUAUUUCUGUGUAAUCCAACAGCAGACAUGAUUCAAGCUGGUGUUUCAUAUUAUUUAUAUAUCUAAUAUAAGUAGUCAGAUAUCUCCAUGAGCAUGCAGAUGCCCUUUGUUGUUACAAGUAAAGUGAAAUACUUUUUCGGACGUUGGGCGUUUAAAUCAAACAUCUGAGUCAUUAAUUUCCUGGAGAGCCUAGGCUCUCGGUAUGCCCUGUGUUAUUUCUUGUACGUGAUCACAGUUGUCUUUUUUUUUUUUUUAACGUAAGAGCUUUUAAGCAUGUUUAUGUGAACUUCUAGGGAACAACAAAAUUCUGCUGAUCAUAACCUAUCAAUUUGUGUAAAGAACAGUGACAAUGUACAUCUUAAGGAUCUGGAAGAGAACAUGUUUUGGUCACAUUGUAUUGAAUUUGCAUUUCAAUGUGUUGAUUCAGCAAGUUUCUGUUUCUCAUUGUUUCAGAUGUGGUACAGGUCUUAUUGUCAUCUUUUUAAAAAGAUCGUUUAGAUUUGAGAAAAUUCAUUUGUCUGAAGCAGAAAUUUGUGCUAAAAACCUUGACAUUAGCCAUGAAAAUGUUAGCAUAGACAAAAAAAAAGGGUGUUCUUUAGGGAUUCCAAAAUAAAUUGGAAUAACAGAUAACAGGAGUCAUCUACACUUUUGAGUAACUGCACUGUAUUUGAACAAGACUGAAUGUGGCAUUCAUCACGCACAUACAUUUUACACAUUUAUUGUUGGUUGAGUGAGGGGAUUGGAAUGGGUUGUUCUGCUGUUUGUGUUAAAACAUGCAUAUAUCUUAUUUGUAUGGAAGGCACUUGUUGAUAUGUGUGAAUGACAUUUACUCACAGCUCAGUUGGUGGUACAUGAAAGGUUUUCGUUCUCCUGCUGUGAAGGGACUGCAAUAGCUCAGAACAGUGAUAUAUUGAGAUUUUGUUUUCUUGAGUAUUUGUUGUUUCCUGCUUUGUGCAGUUUAUGUGCUUCAUUAUUUUGUGUUUUUCGUAGAUUUCUUGAAUUUAGAUAAAGUAUUUCUGGCUUUAGUUUGCUCUUUGUAACCCUUUGUUUUUCCCAAUAUGCCUUAUUUAACAACUUCUUCAGAAACUGGUAUGAGUGUUUAAGUACAGAGCUUGGUCUGUGUGUGCUAGUCAUGCACCUUGGUUUUCCUUGAAGGAUUCAAAAUGCUAUUCUAAUUUUCUGUCAAUGAUCAGGUUAAAGGUGUCUUUAUGUAUAUGGUCAGUACAAACAUGAUGCAGAACAAUAAACUAGGUCUUUUCAUAAGGCGUGUCAAGUUAGUGUACAUUUAGUUAAUUUAGGUCAAAAUUUACAUAAUUGCAUUACAUUUUGUUUCUCUGUAUUCCUUAUUUUUGUGCAUUAAUUUUCAUUCAUUUGUUUAUCCUGGGUAAUUAGUGUUGUAUAUAUUAUGAAACUGCAAAUGGCCUGAUAACUAGGUAUAAUUGUUCUACUGUACAUAAAAAUGUUGUUACAUCUUGA